AUGCAGAGAGAGGAUACUUCACUAUGGGGGAUGUAUGGUUGCACGCUAUUUGAUUUUGGAAAUCUUUUUAUGUGUGUGGAACGAGCAGUUGCUGUAUUGGCUGUAUCUAAAUACGAGAAAUUCAUGUCGAAAUCAAUAACUAUCGGCAUAGUUAUAGUAACGGUUUCCAUUUCAAUUGGAGCAGGAGCAAUUCUGAAUGCUGUCACAUCAGUCAACGACAUGUUUUCAACAUUCCUAUUCAACCUUGUUUAUUCUUUACUUUGUCUGAGCAUAACUACCGCUAUUCGCCUUUAUAGAAGAAACUCUGGUCGGGUGACUCAGAUUGCUUCACUUCGGAAGAAGUUCCAAGACAAGGAAAAUGGUCGAACAUUACCUGUUUAUACGUUUGUUUCAUUAAAUGAACUAUUCUCAACCGCUGCCACUUUUCUUACUGUUGCUUUCUAUGAAAAAGUAAUAGGAAUCACUUCUGGAAAUCUCCCCUAUCUGCUGAUCAUCCUUAGAAUGUAUAUGGCGUAUCGUAUCUUAUUUAUCAACAUAGUAAUUCUAUAUAAUCGUUUUUCAUAUGGACAGCAACUUAAAAAGAGCCCAAUAAACGACUACUCUAAUCGUAACUAUUUUGGUGAUCUGAAUAAGUCUUGGAAUGCGGCCGUCGACAUCCAUUCUGUUUAA